AUGCUCCAAGAAAGGCUUCGUAUUCUCGUUGUCGGCAGCGGUGGUCGAGAACACGCCUUAGCAUGGAGACUGAGCAAGUCUCCGCUUGUCGACGCAAUCUUCUGUGCUCCAGGGAACGGCGGCACACUUGGAACGCAAUCUUCCAGGAUAUCAAAUGUUGCCAUCAAGGCUGAUGACUAUUCGGGCUUGGUUUCUUUUGCUCAGAAGGAACGAGUGAACCUUGUGGUCCCUGGACCGGAAGCGCCGCUGGUAGAUGGAAUUCAGGGGUAUUUCCAGGCAGUUGGAAUAAGAUGUUUUGGGCCAUCGAAAGCUGCCGCCCGAUUGGAAGGAUCGAAGACGUUUUCCAAAGACUUCAUGCAGCGUCACGACAUUCCAACUGCCCGUUAUCAAAACUUCAACGAUUAUAAAGCUGCAUGCGAAUACUUAGAUUCUAUAAACCACAAUGUUGUCAUUAAAGCCAGCGGAUUGGCAGCUGGGAAGGGUGUCAUUAUACCUACAAACAGGGAAGAGGCGCUUCGGGCCUUAAAAGAGAUUAUGCUUGAUCGAGAAUUUGGCGACUCCGGAGACGAAGUUGUCAUCGAAGAGUUUUUAGAAGGUGAUGAGUUGAGUAUACUGACGUUUUCGGACGGAUAUACCGUCCGCUCGCUACCCCCUGCGCAGGACCAUAAGAGGAUUUUUGACGGCGACCAGGGACCAAAUACUGGAGGGAUGGGAUGCUAUGCACCAACUCGCAUCGCUUCAAAGGAAGUUAUUGCUGAAAUUGACAGGACGAUUGUGCAGCGUAGCAUUGAUUGUAUGAGGAAAGAAGGUUUCCCGUUCGUCGGAAUUUUGUUCACUGGGCUCAUGAUGACGAAGGACGGACCCAAGGUCCUCGAAUAUAAUGUCCGUGGUGGCGACCCGGAAACCGAAACAUUGCUACCUCUCCUCAGCGACGAUACCGACCUUGCGGAGAUAAUGGUUGCUUGUACGGAGCAUUGGCUCGAUGGAGUGACCAUAAAAGUGGAUCCCAAGUUUGCGGCCACUGUUAUUGCAGUGUCUGAAGGCUAUCCUGGGUCGUACCCCAAAGGCCGGGACAUCAAGCUCGGUGCCCUAGCACCAGAUACGCUGAUAUUCCACGCCGGCACAACCACGGUCGACGGCAAAUUGAAAACCUCUGGCGGCCGAGUGCUUGCUGCAACGGCGACUGCAAGUACCUUGGAAGAUGCAGUUGACAAGGCUUACUCAGGAAUAUCCACCAUCGACUUCCAGGGCAUGUAUUAUCGCAAGGACAUCGCGCAUCGGGCUUUCAGAAACCCCUCUACUCAGCAGGAAGGUCUCACGUAUGCGGCUGCUGGGGUCUCCAUCGACGCUGGAAACGAACUGGUGAACUCCAUCAAAGCCAAUGUUGCGCGAACCAAACGUCCGGGAUCCGAUGCAAUCAUCGGUGGUUUUGGAGGCGCAUUUUCUCUUGCAGCCUGUAAUUCUGGGUUUCACAGCUCUUCGCCUACUUUAAUUGGUGCCAUCGAUGGCGUUGGCACCAAGCUCAAGGUUGCGCAUGAAAUGGGGAUUCACAAUACCGUUGGAAUUGACCUCGUCGCGAUGAACGUGAACGAUCUCGUUGUGCAAGGUGCGGAGCCACUCCUGUUCCUGGAUUGCUACAGCUGCGGCAAACUGGAUGUUGAGAUCGCGGCGUCUUUCGUUGCCGGCGUCGCCGACGGCUGCGUUGAAUCUGGCUGCGCUCUUGUUGGUGGAGAGACCGCUGAGAUGCCUGGCCUUUUUAUCGAUGCUGCCUACGAUGCGGUGGGUGCUGCGAUUGGCGCCAUCGAUACGAACAAGAACCCCAUUCUGCCCAUUACCGAUCAGAUGAAAGUCGGUGAUGUCCUGCUCGGUUUGACUAGCAGCGGUCCACAUUCAAACGGCUACUCUCUGGUCCGAAAGAUAGUAGAACGUUCCGGGCUAUCCUACAGGGAUCCAGCACCCUUCGAGACACCCGCAAGCUCCUUGGGCGCUGCUCUCUUGACACCUACUAGAAUCUAUGUCAAACCUCUCCUGUCGGCCCUUAGCUCCUUUGCCACUGGGACGAUCAAAGGCUUAGCACAUAUUACCGGUGGUGGAUUGGUUGAAAAUGUUCCCCGGGCCCUUCCCAAAAACCUUUGCGCUGAAAUCGACGUCACCACGUGGCCAUUGCCCAGUGUUUUCAAAUGGCUCAAGAAGACAGGGAAUGUCAGCAGUUCUGAAAUGGGCAGAGCUCUCAACAACGGCAUCGGAAUGGUUCUAGUGGUGUCUGCGGGAGAAGCGGACAAGGUGAAGGGCCAUCUGGAAAAGCAGGGAGAGACGGUGUAUGUUAUUGGUGCUCUUAUUGAGAACACGAAUAACUCAGACGGAUGUGUGCUGAAGAAUUUGGAAACGUGGGACAAUUAG